AUGGGAUUAAAGGUAUGUGUGACCAUUUCUUCAUCUCGAGAUUCUGAUUCCCAUGAAAACUUUGGUUUUCAUUUUCGUCCCGGUAGUCAAACUACAUGGUCAUCAAAAUUAUGUCAAAAUCAAACUUUAGCUCAAUCAUAUUUGAAUUAUACCCGACAACUUAUAACUACUCUUGAAACAAAUGGUUCCUAUACUCAAGUUCUUCAGAAACGUGCUCAAGCAAUAGCUUACUUAAAAAAUGAUAAUAAUACAGAACUUCUUUCAUCGAAUUGCAGUCAAUUUUUUGCUGGUCUCAAAGAUGCUCAAAAACUUGAUGCACAAGCUCUAUUACAACAAAAAAGAUACGAAGACAAUGCUGUUCGUCUCUACAAACAAAUUUUUCAAUCACUGCUUGGCUUUCGUUUUGUUUUAGAUGAUGCUUUCUAA